GACGGAGCAGGAAGGCACGGAUUUUGAUGGCGAUUCGAAGGUCCUUGCUUGAAAAUGAAAGGACUUACUACUUAGGUACUAGUAGUAGUAGGUGAGCGUUUCUCAGCUCUUGCGUGAUGUUGCUGACACGAAACCCGCUAACUACUUUUCCCUCACUGCCAUAGCUGCUCAAGUAGAAAGGCGUAGUGGUAUUUUACAUUAUAGAUCUACGUCGUUGCGUUUCUGCCCUGCCUAAAUUAAUUAUGGGAGCAGGAUGGAGGAAGAUUUGGUUGGAAUGUCUUCUGAUUUCCUUGACGGUGCUGGCGCUUCGAGUGGCGAGCCUCAGCAGUUCUCCGUACCCGUUCCGAUGUGAUCGCACGCCAGAGCAACACAAGCUGGCCCUAGAUACCAGUAUCCGAUUUCUGGAGCUCGAGGGCUUCAAAGUGGAGCACGGCGAGCACACGUACGGCCACGCCACUGAGUUCAGUGCCAACCCGUCCACGCUCUACGGCUUCUUCAAGUUUGGCAUCACGCCGUUUUUCACACUGGACGAGGCCGACGCGUUGGUCUUCUACGGCUGCACUCCGCCGGCCAUGCGAUACUUCAGCUACACGCCGUACGUGUUCACCACGCCGCAGCUGAACAGAACCAUCGUGUUCGCCUCGUUGCAGGACCCGGUCAACUCGCUCACCAUACGAACGGCGCACGACGCGACGUUCUCCUCCAGCACGCUGAUUAUAAUGACGGCGUCCGUUCGUACCGACGCGGCCGUGCGCACUGCCUUCGAGCCUAACCUGGAGAGCUCUGCCAUGAACACGCUGAAAGUAUCCAAGGAGCUAGUCAAGCUGGGCAGUGGGGCGACCAGUGCCAGCGCGCUCAUGCUGCUGUCGCGAGUGGCGAUCUACGCGAACGAAACCGAGUGCGAGCUGUACACGAACAGUACAUUUCCGGUGUUGAAGGUGACGCGGCCGAAGCAAGGUGACGAGCCCGUGUUCGGUCUGCCGUCCCUGCGCUCUCGCUACACAGGCGUAACCGAGGAUCAUCUAGAGACAACGCUGGCUGAGCUGGCCAUAGCGGUCAUUGGCAAGGUGACACAAGCAGGUUAUCGUAUUGAUUAUCAGGCGCGCAUGGAAAGGUUUCCGCUGGACGCUCGCGAAUGCAUCGCUAAGGGCGAGGAUUGCCUCGGAGAUUGCCCUGACGCGGCGUACUUUGCCGACCCGAAGAAGUUCCGCAUGGGCUCGGAGACCAACCGCGACCUGUUCAUGGUGGUCGGCGUCAACCAUCGCAUGCUGGGCUCGGCCACCUACACCAACUUUGGCCUGGAUCCGUUCGUGGCGGUGACCGACGACAAAUUUGGCGACAGCGCUGCGCACUAUCUACCGUCAGCCCCGGGCAUACACAAUUUCUUUGCCUACAAGGUCACCAGAAAGUGUUCGGUGUCCGACUUCUACUGUCUUGAGGUACCUGUUGACAAGGUGAAGCCGACGGAUGAGGUUCGCUUCACCGGACGCGUGUACCUCAACCCCAAGACGACGACGGGACCUGCGUACAACGAGACCAUACCAAACUACCUGCUCCACUUCAGGCCAGAAAUCAGUUAGACCUCGUACCCAGCUUUCACAAUCUAUUUUUGAAAAUGGUGAUGUUAUCAUUUUCACAGCUUGCUAACCCAUGUACACUAAACACGACGUAUUCUUUGUGGAGAUUUUGAUUCUCUUUUUUCGGCCUUGAAACAUACAUUAUUAUUAUUAUUAUUAAUUAAGAAAAGGGGGUUUGUCAACUAACAUCCGCUCUGUUCAGUGGCUAUUCACAAUCGCGGCAUGCGCUGGAUGAAAAUUUUAUUUUAUUGUGAUGUCGAAAAAAAACUAAGAUGUUUCUGGCCAGUCACCCAUCGUCAGAACAAUUUACAAGGGGCGAACCUGGCCUUUUAUGAACCACAACUGUUGCCUGGUUCGUUCAGCCUUGUACGCGCUCUUAAUCCAUUCCCAAGAAGUCCUAAACAGCGAGCUACUGAAGCGUUAUUACCGUAAAAUCCCGCCAGAGCGCCCCGUCUCUCCCAUCCGCCCCUCCCUGACUUCUUGUCAGGGACGUGAUUGAUUGUAUCCUCG